AUGCGCUUGGUGACAGCAACGCUCACUACAGCUGUAGUAAGCUUAGGACUCGAUUUUGUGCACGCUGUUGACCCCUUGGUCGAUGUCGGGAAUACGAAAUACCUUGGUACAGCACUCUCAAGUGGCAUAACACAAUGGCUCGGGAUUCGUUUCGCCGCACCUCCACUCGGUGACCUGCGUUUCCGUGCACCUCAGGAUCCACCUGUGAAUGAUACAGUUCAAGUAGCGGAUGAGCAUGGUCCCAUUUGCUUUAGUACAGGAGCAUCGUUCCCUGAGAGCGGUCAUUCGGAGGACUGUCUUUUCUUAGACGUCUUCGCUCCUUCAAGUGCAUCAUCAGACUCGAAAUUACCUGUAUUCUUCUGGAUUCAAGGAGGCGGGUUGAAUGCACUUUCGAAUGCGAACUAUAAUGGGUCACAGUUGAUUCAAGCGGCGGACAUGGGUAUGGUCAUUGUGACACACAAUUAUCGUGUUGGCCCGUACGGGUUCCUCGCGAGUAAGGAGGUACAAAGUGAUGGUGAUAUUAAUGUUGGAUUGCUCGAUCAGCGGAAGGCGCUCCAGUGGGUACACGAUCACAUUUCCGAGUUCGGUGGUAAUCCAGACCAUGUCGUUCUUGGAGGCGAUAGUGCGGGUGCCGAGUCCAUUACACUCCACCUUACAGCUUUCGGUGGUGCACCAACGGAUCUUUUCCACGGUGUCAUUGGCGAAUCCCAGUCCUUCCCGCCCGUUUUUAACGUGUCAGAAGCUCAGUUCCAAUACGAUGCGCUCUCUUCACGCGUGGGAUGUGCGAACUCGACCGACUCACUUGCGUGCUUGAGAGCCCUGGAUAUAAGUAUCUUGCAGGAGAACAACAUUGCGAUACCUUUCCCUGGUCGUAUUAACCCGCCGAACUUUUUGUAUAAUGCGAUCCGUGAUGGAAGCUUUAUUCCCGACUUCCCGUUCAGUUUGUUUGCGCAAGGAAAGUUCGUCAAGGUACCUUCCGUGUUUGGCGACGAUACUAAUGAAGGAACGAUAUUCACGCCAAGCAAUCUCAACACGUCCUUGGACAUGGACAACUUCCUGCUUGAUAACUUUCCCAAACUGAACGCCAGUUCACUCGAGACCAUACACGAACUGUAUCCAAACACAGUGCAGGCUCCGAACCACGGUGCAUUUUUCUUCAUUGCAUCGCUGCCGUAUGGAGAGAUGAGAUACAACUGCCCCGGAAUCUUCAUCAGCGGAGAAAUUCGGAAAUUCAGGCAACCAUCACCCAAUUGGCUGUAUCACUACAACGUCGAGGACCCAGACCAGAUUGCAGCAGGACUAGGCGUCCCACAUACCGUCGAGGUACCUGCAAUAUGGGGCUUGAAUAGCACUACUGGCACGCCACCUGCGAGUUAUUUCACGACUAAUGCCGGUAUCGUUCCAAUAAUGCAAGGGUUUUGGACAAGUUUCAUACGAACUUUCGACCCGAACACUCAUCGUGCGAAUGGAACGCCAGAAUGGGAACCGUUUGACGGAUCCAGGAGGAUUUUAUUUGAGACGAACUCUACGAGGAUGGAGGAUAUACCGUCGGAACAGGCUGAGAGAUGUGCUUUUUUGACGAGUAUUGCGGUAGAGUUGGAGCAGUGACUUGCUCAGAAUGUAAAACAAAAUUUAGCAACGGUAAAAUAGUGCAUCUUCAGACUUAUGGUAUUGGGCAC